AUGGAUAACUAUUUUAAACCUCCAGAGCCGCUCUUGCUAGACGGGAAUAUCUCAGAGAGCUGGAAGAGAUUUUCUCAAAAGUUUGACUUGUUUUCAAAGGCCACCGGACUAGAUACCAAGGAAGAAGGAAAACAAAUUGCUUGCUUUUUGUCCUUAAUUGGUGACGAUGGUCUAGACUUAUUUAAUAGUUUUUCGUUUGAGGCAGGUAAAGAUAAGAUUUUGGCAGAAAUAAAAAAGAAGUUUGAAGAUCAUUGUGCUCCGCAGAAAAAUGUAAUUUUUGAACGGGCAAAAUUUAAUACGAUUGUACAAAAAGAAGGUCAAUCUUUCGAUAGCUUCUUGACCGAGCUAAGAAAGGCAGUAAAAACCACGGAAUAUCCUAAUCAAGAUGAGAUGGUUAGAGAUAGAAUAGUUAUUGGUUUAAGAGAGACAGUCAGUAAAGAAAAACUGAUGAGAGAACCGUCUUUGACUCUGACGAAGGCAAUAAAUUUUUGUAGAGCCACAGAAACUAGUAAAGACCAAGUGAAGACAUUAGAUAAUGAAUCAAGACUAGAUGCUGUAAGAGCUAGUACAUCCAGAAUCGAGUCCAGAACUUUUAAUAAACCAGUCUGUGAUAAAGACCCAAAUAAGCCUUGCAAGAGUUGUGGUUAUAAACAUAAGUUUGGAAAUAAGUGCCCUGCUGCUGGAAAAACCUGUGCAAAAUGCCAAGGUCGUGACCAUUUUGCCAAGGUGUGUCCAAAUAAAAGUGAAAGAAAUGACAGUCAUAGAAAUAAAGUCUAUAAGAAGAAAGUUAAUUGUGUAGACAAAGAGUCAAGUUCUGAGUCAACUGAAGGAAGUGACCAUGAGUUUUACAUAAGUGCAAUCAACUCAAGUGGCAGAAGUAAAAGUAACACAGAAACUAUGUGGACAAAGGAAAUAUGGAUCAAGGGUAAGCCUAUAACAUUCAAGCUAGACACGGGAGCAGAGGUAAGCACACUACCUUUAAAUGUUUUAAAGAAAAUUGCCCCAAGAUUGCCUAUACGCAAGACAAAUGUUACAUUGAUGUCUUACGGUGACCCAAAUUUUAAACUACAAUGUUUUGGUGAAGUAGUGCUAGAGUGCAAAGUGAAAGAGUGUGUAGAAAAAGUUCCUUUUGUUGUAGUUAGUGCCCAAAGUAAAAUUCCUCUGUUAGGGUUGCAAGAAUGUUUAAAAUUAAAACUGAUUAAACGAGUAGACUCUUUAAAUAAACCAAGUGUUUUUAAAACGUUAGAUGAUGUAGUUAGUCAAUAUGCAAAUGUUUUUGAAGGGUUAGGAAAAUUUCCUACACAACAUCAUAUAACAUUAAAACAAAAUGCAAAACCAAAAAUAAAUGCUAUUAGGAGAGUGCCUAAUAUUUUACUAGAACCUCUGAAAAAAAAGUUAUAUGAUCUUGUGUCCAAGGAUAUCAUUGAAAAAGUAGAUAAACCUACAGAGUGGGUACACCCUCUGGUUAUUGUUGAAAAACCAAACGGUGACCUUCGUCUCUGUUUAGAUCCAAAAGAUCUGAACCAAGCUAUACAACGAGAACACUUCCUCAUUCCAUCAUGUGAUGAUAUUGCUGUUAAACUGACAAACAAAAAAUUUUUUACUGUCCUAGACAUGAAGGAUGGGUACUGGCAAGUUGAGUUGGAUAGCCCAAGUGCAGAUCUUAUGACUUUUGGUACACCAUUUGGUCGUUUUAGAUUUAAGAGACUAGCGUUCGGUAUAUGUUCAGCCCCUGAGGUUUUUCAAAAGAAAAAUUUUGAAAUAUUUGGAGAUAUACCUGGAGUAGGACUGUAUUUUGACGAUUUGAUUGUUACAGGUGCCACCGAGGCUGAACAUGACCAGAACCUGAGAUGUGUAUUAGAAAAGGCUACUAAACAUAACCUUAAAUUUAACAAAGAAAAAAUUCAGUUCAAAAAAGAAAGUGUUAGUUUAUGGGCCAAAUCUUUUCACAUAAAGGUGUUGAAACUAAUAAAAAAUAUGUAG